GAUUCGAUUCGAGUCAAUUUGAUUCGAACUAGUUGGUUAUUUGGUUAUUUAUUUAUUUACUUCGUCUCUUGGAAGACGGUGUGUCAACCAGUGCCCAGUGUUCUCAUUUGUAACAAUUCCAACCGUACGGAGGUCGUCGGGCUGCACUUCGAAUAUAUGUCAAGAUAACGCACGAUGGAUGGAACAGUAAUGGAUACCACAGGGCCUCCUGUCAGUGGAAUUUGCGUUCAAGCUUGUCCGAGCCUAGACACAAGACAUUUGACGCCAGAUGUUCAAAUUAAAAUGAAUCUGAGCCCUGAAGCAAGAAGUAUGAUAUCUAAUACUCAAACCAAAAUGAGUCCUGACUGCAGAGUCCAACGAGCCGAUUUAAAAAGAACUUUAGAUUCUAAUGCUUUGCCCCCACCUAAGAAAAGGCGGAAAAAGAAUGUUUCGGGUUCAAGCAAGAUUCAUACUCCAAAAAAUGCUGUAUGUACUCUAAAUGAAAUCAGUCCAGGGUUAGUAUAUACUUUUGUGUCUCAGCAAGGUCCUGUGCAUUUGCCAACUUUUACAGUUAGUGUUGAGCUGAAUGGUGAAACAUACGAAGGGCAGGGAAGAACUAAAAAGCAAGCGAAACAUGAUGCUGCAAUGAAAGCAUUACGCUCAUUUGUGCAGUAUCCAGAUGCAUAUGAAGCGCACAGAGUAUUAAACAACUGUGGAAAAGAUGUAGAUUUUUCCAGUGAUAUAGCUGUUGGAGACCCAUCAUUUUUUAAUGUGUUUAAUUCAAACACAACCCCUCCACAUAAGGACAUUAUUGCUAGUAGUUCAUGUUCUGCUCAACCAAAGGCAGUAUUGCAUGAUACUGGUUCAAAUGGGGCAGUUCAGAGUGCUGCAAUGCACCCUCUUCUCCUAAAUUCAAAACGUAACCCAGGAGCACUCGAAAAAACUCCUGUAGGCCUACUUAAUGAAUUAAAGCCGGGGCUGGAUUUUCGAUGUAUCAGUGAAAAGGGAGAGCAGUACAAUAAAUUUGUUAUGGAAGUUAUAGUAGAUAAUGAACGUUUUGAGGGAUCAGGUCCAAGCAAAAAAUUGGCAAAAACUGCUGCAGCAAAGGCUGUUCUUGCAAAAAUUUUCAGCAUAUCAUACUCCCCUCUCAGCAACAGAGCCACACCCUCCUCAUCAGCUGCAACUGAUGAAAGUAUAACAUUACCACAAAUCCUUGCAGACCACAUUGGGAGAUUGGUUUUGGCCAAAUUUGCUAAACUUGUUGAAAACAACACCACUCACUCUCGGCGGAAAGUAUUGUCAGGAUUUGUGAUGACCACUGGACCUGCAAUGGAAGAUGCUCAUAUUAUAUCAGUAACGACAGGCACUAAAUGUAUAAGUGGUGAGCACAUGAGUGUCAAAGGAGCUGCUCUAAAUGAUACGCAUGCUGAAAUAGUAGGAAGAAGAUGUUUAGUUGAUUAUAUGUAUUCUCAACUUGAAUUGCUGUUGUCAGGGGAUCAGGGAGCAUCAAAUUCUAUAUUUGUGCAGAAACCUGAUGGAAAUGGUUAUCAGUUGAGAGAGAAUGUCCGCUUUCAUUUAUAUAUCAACACUGCACCUUGUGGGGAUGCAAGAAUAUUUUCCCCACAUGAAGCUGAAACUGAAGAGGAAGCAGUCGACAAACACCCAAAUCGCAAAGCAAGGGGUCUUCUUCGCACCAAGAUAGAAUCUGGGGAAGGAACAAUACCUGUUAAUCAAAAUACUGGAAUUCAAACUUGGGAUGGCGUCUUACAGGGUGAACGGCUGUUGACAAUGUCAUGCUCUGACAAGGUAGCACGAUGGAAUGUUUUGGGUGUUCAAGGUGCUUUACUUGCACACUUCAUUGAACCUAUUUAUUUAGAAAGCAUUGUUCUUGGAAGUCUCUUCCAUCCUAGCCACCUGUACAGGGCGGUUUGUGGAAGGAUUGAAAACAGCAUAGAAGGGCUUCCUCCUCCUUAUCGGCUCAACAAACCUUUACUUAGUCUGACAAGUUCUCGAGAAGUCAGGCAACCUACUAAGGCACCAAGCCAUAGCCUGAAUUGGACAUCUGGUCAACCAAAUUCGGAGAUAAUAAAUUCAGUUACAGGCAAAGAUGAGCAUGGUACAGCUUCACGAAUUAGUAAAAGGAAACUUUUUCAGAGAUUUCUUCAGCUGGUUGGCCGUAUUUCUACCCGAACAAGAAUCACACCUGACAACUGCCCAACAGUAUAUGCUGACGCUAAAAUGGCUGUUGAAGAUUACCAGCAAGCCAAGAGCCAACUUAUGAAGGCCUUUCUUAAAUCUAAUCUUGGGACAUGGUUGAAAAAACCUAUUGAGCAAGAUCAGUUUGAGCUAGACUUAACGCACAUAAAAGAAGAAAUGAUUUAGAAAAAAAUUGAACUUUUGAAAUGUUUUAUGUUAUGUGAUUACAACCUGCUUUCAACUGCAAUUGUCAUAAGUAUCUACAUUUUUAGGUACCUUUGUUUUGUUGUUACUUUUCGUUUUGCAUUCCUGACUAGUGCACCACCACCUACUGAUGCUUGUGAAAGAAAAAAGGGAUGUGUUGCCACAGUUUACCUUGUUUUGAAUGAAUUUUUAUACAUGCUCUGGUAUCACUUGUCGAAAUUUUUUACGACUAGCUUGUGCACUGAAUGAUCACCCUACAUUGUGGCCCUCUGCCUCUUGUUACCCAGCCCUCGAUCAUCAUCAUUUUUAUGUUAUCAAUUUUGCAUUCAUUUAAUCAUUCACUCAUGAUUGCUUUUUAAGGUUUUUUUCAAGACUUUUUAUUUUUUUCUGACAAUUUUAUUACUUUCUGAUGGGUUUAGAUUUGCAUUUUCAUGUGAUCAUUUUUAAGUUUCAAAUUACUUUUUGUUUCACUCACUUAAAAUUGUCCUUGCUAUGUUUGCGAGAUUUUCAGAAUAUUUUUUGAAAUGCUCUCCUAAAUAUCUUCAAUAAAAGACUGAUCUUAACACCAGUUUCAAAAGAAAAUACAA